AUGACGGACACAGCCGACUCCAAGGCCAUUGCGCCGUCAAUCAACGUCAAGAAUCUCAGCUACCUCUUCCCAGACGGCUCGAGUGGGCUCAAGGAGGUUUUCUUGCAAUUGCCGCCUGGCAGCAGGACGCUCUUGAUCGGAGCCAACGGCGCAGGGAAAACCACCCUUCUUCGCCUGCUGUCCGGCAAGCGCAUGGCACCCUCGUGCUCAGUCUCCAUCGCUGGCGUCGACCCGUUCAAGAUGGGCCUCGAAGGCGUGACCUACCUCGGCUUGGAAUGGGUGCUCAACCCCAUCGUCCGCACCGACAUCGACGUGCCCACCCUUCUCGCCUCCAUCGGCGGCGACUACUACCCCGAGCGUCGCGACGAGCUCGUGCGCAUACUCGACAUUGAUCUCAGCUGGCGCAUGCACGCCGUGUCCGACGGCGAGCGAAGACGGGUCCAGCUGGCCAUGGGUCUCCUCCGGCCGUGGACGAUCCUGCUGCUCGAUGAGAUCACUGUAGAUUUGGAUCUGCUCUCGCGCAGCAACUUUUUGAACUUUUUGAAAAAGGAAACCGAAACACGGGCGUGCACCAUUGUGUACGCCACCCACAUCCUCGAUAACCUCGCCACAUGGCCGACACAUCUGGUGCACAUGAGCCUCGGCAGGGUGAAGAAGUGGGGUAGCGUCGAGGAUAUGGAGGUCAAAGUGGAACAGGGUGCACGCUUGUAUACGGGAAACAGCCAACUGGGUGAGCUUGUCCUCAAGUGGCUUCAGGAAGACUUGAAUGAGCGUGGCCCAAGGAACGGCAAGGGCGAGGGCAAGACAUAUGAAAGUCUGGAGGGCAAGGGUGGUUAUGGCGCUGAGACGAGAGCGGAAGAGUAG